CCCUUGCUUCAGUCCGCCCCACUCCCGCCUCUUACAGGAAAGCCUUUUUCUCCUAGAGACUCUCAGGCGAGAGAUCCGGGAAAACUUGAAUGGUCUGGGAUGGAGGAGAGAGUGACAAAGGCUCCAGCAACCAAGCGCAAGAGUUCAACCCGAGGUUCGGGCAAGUCGCGGGCAGCACGAACCCGGACUCCGAGCCUUCCUUCUCAGGCUGCCCCCGAUCUUAACGACGCCGCUGUAGGCGAAGGCUCCUGCUCCAGUGGUUCGGAAACUUUGCGGGAGAAGAAACCCCCUGUAAGACAGAAGAAACAAGCUCCUGUAGUCCAGGAGAAACUCCCGGUCAGAACCCUGGAGUCUCAGUCCGAUAAGAAGGGGCUUCCCCACCCAGAGGACGGACAUCCACUGCGGGACAGGAGACCGGUCCUCGAGGAAGAUCAGUCCCCUGGUGUCCCGACGUCCCCAUCCAAUGAGCCGGGAAUCUUGCCCAAAGUAAAGAGGGAUCAUGUGAACCUUAAAAAGGUCCUCCGCCAGAACUCUGCUGCCGGGAAGCUAGAGAGUGUAGUGGAUAAAGUGAAGCUGCGGCGUGAGGAUAAAUCUAAAGCCUGCAAGUUGGUCAAUAAGGUGGUGGACCACCUGAAACGGAAGCUACCUCUCUAUGACUCGGCCUUCGGGGGCAUUUCGACGCUGGGCACAGGCAGCUACUACGAGCUUGUGAAGAUUUCUACUCCAAAUGAAUUUGAUGUCAUGCUUAAACUGAAAGUUUCUAGAGUUGAAUUAAAAGAAUAUGAAGACAGUGGUGCAUUUUAUUUUGUAAAGUUUAAAAGAAAUCCAAAAGGAAACCCUUUGAGCAAAUUUUUAGAUAAUGAAAUAUUAUCAGCUUCUAAGUUGCAGUCUACAUUUAGGAAACUCAUUAAGGAAGAAGUAAAACAUAUGAAAGAAAUGGACAUUACUGUGGAGAGAAAAAAGCCUACAAGUCCAGCAGUAACCCUUCUAAUUAGAAAACCUGAAGAAAUAUCAGUGGACAUAGUCCUAGCUUUGGAAUCGAAUUGCAGCUGGCCCUCAAGUACACAGGGGGGUCUAGCAAUUGAAGACUGGCUAGGAAGAAAAGUAAAGAGGGAAUUUAAAUUCAAGCCAGUUUAUCUUGUACCUAAACCUGUAAAGGAAGGAAGUGGUUUUCAAGCUAACAUAUGGCGGCUUUCCUUCUCACACAUUGAGAAGGAAAUUCUAAGGAAUCAUGGAAGUACUAAAACAUGCUGUGAAAAAAAAAAGUCAUGUUGCAGCAGGAAAAAAUGUUUAAAGUUGAUGAAAUAUCUUCUUGAACAACUGAAAAAAAAGUUUGAGAACCGCAAGGAGCUCAACAAAUUCCAUUCCUAUCACAUGAAAACUGCCUUCUUUCACUUAUGUGUCCAGAAACCACACGACAGUCAAUGGCAAAAAGAAGAUCUACAACAGUGUUUUGAUAACUGUGUGACUUACUUUCUUCAUUGUCUCCAGAUAGAACAACUUAUACAUUUUUUUAUUCCUAGAUAUAAUCUCUUUAGUCUUGGUCUUAUUGACAAAACCAGUCAAACAUUUCUGUUAAAGCAAAUUGAAUUUCAAAGAAACAAUAUGUUUCCAGUGUUUGAUGAAUAAGAUUAUGUUUAGAAAAGAACCAAGACUUAUAGUUGCUGUCACCUUAAUAAAGUAAUUUCUGAAAUUGUCACUGAAUUGUCUUCUCUGAAAAUAGAUAUAUUCUCUUUUUUGGUAGGAU